UCCAGUCCGCUAAACCCUAAGACCCCUCUUCCUCACUCUCUCACUCUGCCUCGCAGCCUCUCUGCAUCUCUGCCCUCUCACGCGGCCACGGCCCACGCCGUUGCACUGUGCACAUCUCGCCGUCGCCCCCUCAGCCUGAGUCCCCUCCCUCUUGCCGUUGCCCCCUCAGAAACACAGACCCGCUCUCUCGCCGUUGCACCUCCCAUUACGGCCUCACCUCUCGAGCCGUUCCCGUCGCACACACAGCCCCUCGGCCCCUCUCUCAACGCUGCGCUGCCCUCUCUGUCUCUCACCAUCUCACGCAGCUCUCCCAUCUCUCACGCAGCCGGCAGCCCCUCUCUCACGUCUCUCUGUCAUCGACGUUCUAAAAUCCUCUCUUCGCAUUUUGCUGUCUCCACUCUCUUCACUUUGACGAUUGACGCCAACGCCACCUCCACGCUGUCGCAGAUCGAGCCUCGUGUUGCUCCACGCCUUUGCAGCUCCUGUUGCUCCGUCGAAGCUCAGUCCGCUCUUGUUGAUCAAUCAGCUCUGUCGCAGCUCGUGCCCCUCAGCCGCACAUAGACAUCCACCGCCCACUGUAUGCCGCAGAUAAUUUGAGGUCAUGGUGGGCUGGCAGAGACACAUACAAUUUGUACUUCGUCGCUUUGGGAAAAGAGUGGAAUAUAAUUACAAUGCAUCUGCCAACUUUUCUUCGGUUCGCUUGGAAUCCUCCAAUUUUACAAGUGAGUUACCUUAUUUGCAGAGACUAUGGAGACCACCUUCUGCAAACAUCUCAAGGCCUUUGUAUCAAUAUUUUCAACAAUUGGGAAUUUCUAGUUCAAGGAAGUUACUAGCAGAUUUGUCUGAAGAAUCAGCCAUCCCAUCUCCAUUGACUCCUGUGUUGGCAUUAAACAGUGGAAAAAGUGAUGACCAGAACCAGAAAGCAGUUUCUAAACCUUCUAAGGUUCAAGCUGUCUUAAAGGGCAUUAAACAGAGUCCAAAGAAGAUCAACUUGGUUGCUGCUUUAGUUCGUGGCAUGCGAGUUGAAGAUGCAUUGUUGCAGUUGCAAGUGACAGUAAAGCGAGCUGCAAAGACUGUAUAUCAGGUUAUUCACUCAGCCCGAGCAAACGCAACUCAUAACCAUGGUCUGGAUCCAGAUCGUCUCCUCAUUGCUGAGUCAUUUGUUGGGAAAGGAUUAUUUAAAAAGAGGGUUUCCUACCAUGCUAAAGGAAAAUGUGGAAUCAAAGUGAGACCCGAGUGCCGACUGACAGUAGUAGUAAGGGAGAUGACCGCUGAAGAGGAGGCUGAGAUAGCCAGACUGAGAGUCCACAAUUUCCGUAAGCUCACCAAGCGAGAAAGGCGGCUUGUGCCUCAUAAGCUUAUUGAGACGACUCCAAUCUGGAAUCGCAAGGGCAAAGCUCGUGAACCAAGUGGCAUGGCUGCAUGAGCCAGCUUCACUCCCAUGUUUCAGAAUCUUACAGAGAGUUUUGUAGAAGUGCGGAGAGAUCUCUUCCAAUGCCUGCAUUCCAGUAGAAAUCAUCUUGUAGAAAUGGAGGAGCAACCUUGUUUCAAUCUCAAGUAAUACUUGCUCUGAAACAGUUCUAUUUAAUAAAUUAGACCAAGCUCUUACUUUCUUUUGAGUC